UCUGUAUCCUUUGCCUAACAUCUGAAGUUUUGGGCACCGACUUUUCCUCUACCUCUUUCUUUAAUACUUUUUUCUAAAUAAAAUAAAAUCAAAUUAGCAAGAAUAGUUUGUACAUUAUUCUUACAUGGUCAAAACUAGAGAACAGCAAAAGCAGAAUCCCAUGAUGAUUGUUACUGAAGAAAAAAAGGGGUAGCAACUGAUCUGUGAGUUGAGAGAAAGAAACCCAAAUAAAAUGUCUCCUUCAAAUAGUAAUAUUGCUAUUAGUAACGGAGGAGGAAGCGGUGACAGUAAUAGCAGCACUGGUAAGAAUUACAUAGAACAUCAAGUUUCUAAGAGGGACACUCUUGCUGGUGUUGCCAUCAAAUAUGGUGUUGAGGUGGCCGACAUCAAAAGGUUAAAUGGGUUAUCUACAGAUCUUCAAAUGUUUGCUUUGAAGACUUUGCUUAUACCAUUACCAGGAAGACAUCCACCUUCUCCCAUUUUGUCUAACGGUUCUGCUUCUCCAGGAGGAAAUGACGUUGACAUGACACCACCUUGGCCACGCCACUCGAAUGUGUUGGAAACACUCGAGUCUUUAAGCCUAAAAUCACCUCAACAGAAGGUUUCUCCAGCUAUGAGCACUUUACAGAAUUUCUAUGGUCUCAAAUCUUCAAAAUGCAAGGAUUCAGCUGAAGGUAUGGAGAUGGCUGUUUACAGAAGAGGAAGCUUGGAUUACUUAAAUGAGGGGCUGCUGCAUAGAGCUACACCAGUAUCUGGCCCAUCUUAUAGCAAUCACAGAUCUAUAAAUUUGGCCGAUGAUUUCUUGUCUGAGAAUGGUUUGGCAGCAGAAUACAAUCCUCUGUCAGAAGCUAGAGAAGGGGAGGGUGAGAAAUCCAAUGAGAAGUUUGUUAGAAGACGCCAGAAAGCUGAUGCUGAUCCUAGAUCUGGCACAACAGAAAUGCUGUUGAAAGAAGAGAACAAUGGUGGAAGUCGUGCUUUUUCACCUGUAACAGGAAAAGGUCUAUCCAUGAGACCAAAAUCAGCAAGCAGAACAUCACUGGCUGCUGAAUCAGAGCCAGGAUGGUUGAAUGCUAUGCCAGUGGGCUUGGGAGAUUCGAUAAUUGCUGACGUGUCUGAUGGAGUUCGUAAAUCAUCAAGCACGCCAAGUCUGCAGGACCAGGAGAACAGUUAUUCCUCUUCUGUUUGGCCAACUUCAAAGUGGAGUUUGAAACCUGAUUUACAGGCUCUCUCAACUGCAGCCAUCAGUAUACCAAUAUUCGAUGGCCUACCAAAGCCAAUAUCUGGACGCAGGAGCAAAGCUGCUCUUGAUUAGCAGAAGUCCACUGCAAUCUCAUAGAAUUGAUUUGUUUCUGUACUUCAACAUAUUGGGAAUGAUAUCAUUGCCACCAGCUACAUGUCACGUAUAGCUACAAAGUGCUGUCGAAAUAGGAGUAAGGCCAAGAAAACAAAGGUUAAAGAAAUACAAUCCUGUGUUUUCCUUGAGAAGAGCUCCAAAGGAGAAGGAAAAAGGAAUUCCUUUUUUACGGUUUCCAUUUUGGAUUUGUAAUGGGUUGCUCGAAUCUAGAUCAUAUUCUCAACUGUCGUAUAAUAUUUGUAUAUGAAGCCAUUUGUCUUGCUUAUUCAUUGGAAGUGCAUUUGUCCCCAUUGUUUCAUGUUAUACUCAGUUGUUCAUUUAAUGUAUUUUGACUUCUUCGA